AUGUAUGACCGAGCUCCGAGGGAUACAAUCUUCGCCACGGCUCAGGGUAGCACCGGGCCCAACGUGGGACCAGCUUCCUACAAUGCCAGCAGCAACAAGCACUGCUGCAUUUGUAAAGAAGGAGAUGGAUACGCUCCCUUUAUGUCUUUGGCAAACCGUGACCAUGAUUCUAUAUUCAAUGUUCCGGGUGCUCUUCUGUCUCCGGGCCCACAGCAUUAUGACAUUGCUCCAGUGCAGGAGCACAUCAAAGGAGGGCAGAGCAUGAGGAACAAGGAGGCUCGUUUCAAAACAGUUGGAGCAGACCUACCAGGACCGGGUACCUACGAUGUGCGCCCCAUAGAAAAAGCGACUAAAACCUUUAAACCACAGAGCUCAACGGUAGUCCCAAUCCCUUCAGCCAGUGCCCCAUCAAUCCCUUCAUCGAAUCAGUCCUAUGGCUAUGAAGAAGCUGAAGAUGGAGCUCUGUCUAGGCACUUACCUCCUUCCAGAGCUGGGAUACUCGGUCCUGCAUAUUACAAUCCGCAAUAUAAUGAGCCGUACCCUACUCGACAAUAUAAGGGGGUGCAUUUUGGUAACCGGACGUCGAAACGUACUGACUUUAAAGUUCUUGAGGGCCCUGGACCAGGGACGUAUGAUCUCCUGAAGGACCAUAGUGUUCAAUAUGAAAACCUGAACAUGAAGAAUAAAGAUCAAAAAUACGAGUCUUACGUUCCUCGAUAUCUUGAAGCAGUUGUACAAGAGGAGGAAAAGAAGGGCUUCCCUGGGCCUGCGAAAUAUGAAAUAAAAGGCCUGUUCGACGAAAAGACCAGCCUGUUCGAUAAACUGGGUCCUUCACACCCUCCAUUCCUGUCUCAGACCAAGAGGUUUUUGCCUGUGAAAUCCAUCACCCCAGCUCCUGGAUGGUACGAUGAUCCACGGACUGCUUUACAGUCCUUGAAGAGGAUAUCAACAAAAGGCAAAAGCCCUUUUGGUCAGAAUGCAGCAAGGUUUGUGGAAGAUUGGCGGGCAGCAGAAGAACCAGGUCCAGGAACCUACAACAUCACUCACCACACUCUGGCUCGAGAAAGCCAAAGGAAAACCAACUUUGACAACCCAAUCAGAGGAGGGUUUGGAUCAACAGUUCCACGUUUGCAAUUGGCCAGCACGAAACAAAACAUGCCGGGUCCCGCUGACUAUAAGGUCUUUAUUGCUAAAGAGUUUGCCUGA